CAAACAAGUUAGGGCUAAGCAUGUUCAGAGCUAAGAAGAUAUUACGCUUUGAAUCUAGAACCUGCUGGAAAGGAGAUAAAAGUCCUAGAGACUUCUGCUUUACACCUGUAUUCGUCAGCGAUGCCUUCAUAACGAAGGAAGGGAGGAUUCUUGAAUUUGAAGGCUAAUUAUUUACGCAACGUUGCGUGCAUGCAAAGAGCCACCCAAAACAGGAAUAACUCGAAAAAAAGGCUCGUAAUUCCCAUUUUACCUCCACCAGAAGAAAACAAAAACCCCCAGUUCCUUCCGCUAGGAGCAAGAACAUAGUGUUUUUUCUCUCUUUCUUUUAUAAAAUAGUUUGGAGUGGAUUCUGGGAUACUUAAGCUUUUGGUCUGCAAUAACCAGUCAGAAGAAAAACAAAAGCAAAUGGCCGAAUCGAUUGUUUGUGCAGUGCUGGAGAAGUUGGGUUCCUUGAUAUCCGACGAGAUAAAACAGAACGUUGGGCUCGCCAUGGGUCUUGAAGAAGGAAUCCAAAAAAUGACCACCAAUUUCGAGGACAUCAAAUCAGUUCUUCAAGAUGCAGAAACGAAACAGGUGAAGGAUGCCAACGUGAGACAUUGGUUAAAGAAACUCAAAGAGGUAGCCUAUGAUGUUGAUGAUGUGUUGGAUGAGUGGAAUACUGCAAAACUCAAAUCACAAAUUGAGAAACAAGUGAAAGACGUCGACAGUGUGCCCUUGCUAAAGAAGAUACGCAAUUCUAUCUCUUCUUUUACCUCUCAAAGUAUUAUAUUCUAUAAUAUUGCUGGAAAGAUAAGAGACUUGAAUGAACAACUUGAUUGUAUAGCUACUGACAAAGAUAGGUAUAAUUUUGAGUUAGAGAAGGCUGUUGAAGAACCCAAUAGGGAAAUAACUGCCUCUUUCAUAGAUGAAGACGAGGUCUAUGGUAGGUGUCAAGAGACAAAAAUUCUAGUGAACAUGUUGGUCGGAGAGAAAAGUUAUGGAGGAGAGUCGAGCCUCCAUGUCAUUUCUAUAGUAGGGAUGGGUGGAAUCGGAAAAACCACUCUUGCUCAACUGGUUUACAAUCACAAUGAAGUUGAAUGUCAUUUUGACAAGAGAAUAUGGAUAUGCGUCUCAGACCCCUUUGAUGAGAUAAGGAUUGCCAAAGAGAUCCUCGAAGCAUUUAAAGGUGAAACUCCAAAUAUGGUUGGAAAGGAUAACAUUUUGCGGCAAAUUCAUAGUUAUGUUUUGGAGAAGAAAAUACUCCUUGUGUUGGAUGAUGUGUGGAUUGAAGAUGCAACAAAAUGGGAACAAUUGAAAAAUUCCCUCAAGUAUUGCUCUCUAGGGAGUAGAAUUUUGAUAACCACUCGGAAGAACAAAGUUGCAAUGAUUAUGGGAACAACAACCGAAAACUUAUUUCCAUUACAAACCUUGUCUCAAGAGGAAUGUUGGUCAUUACUUUGCCAUAGAGCAUUCUAUGGGAGGACAAGAGAGGAGUGUGAAAAUUUAGAAGAUAUCAGCAAGAAAAUUGCAGUAAAGUGUCAGGGCUUGCCACUUGCUGCAAAGAUUCUAGGUGGUCUGUUGCGGUUCAAAAGAUCUAGACAGCAAUGGCAAAGUGUCUUGGACUGCGAAAUAUUGAACCUUGAAGAGGCUGAACGAGAUCUUUUCCCUCCCUUAUUUUUGAGCUAUUAUGAGUUACCUUUGGCUCUUAAACAGUGCAUUUCAUAUUGUGCUGUUUUUCCGAAGGGAAAGAUCUUAAACAAAGAUGAAUUGAUCAAGUUGUGGAUGGCGCAAGGGUACCUAAAAGGAGCACAGUGCAAAGAGAUGGAGACUGUUGGGGAGGAAUAUUUUGAUGAGCUAAUGAUGCGUUCUUUUUUUCAAGAUUUUAAAAGGGUGAUUGAACUUGAUAGUGGGAUUCUGGAAUGCAAAAUGCAUGCUAUAGUACAUGAUUUUGUUCAACUUUUAACGAAAACUGAAUGUUUGAUACUAGUAAAUGAUGAUUUUGAAGAGUCAAGAGUAGAUGCUCUUGGUGAAAAGGCUCGUCAUGUGACCUUGAUCCGUAGAGAAGCUAUCCCAAGUGACCCUAAUAUUAACUAUUUCAAAAAGUUGCGUACCCUCUUUAUUGACUCAAGCUAUCAUGAUACUUCAUCACUAAGCACAUAUUUGCCCAAGUUGUUUGGUCAAUUGAAUUGCCUAAGGACAUUAAAUUUGAGCAACAGUAUGUUUGGAAAUUCAAUUAAAGAACUUCCUGAUCAAAUAGGAAAAUUGGUUCAUUUGAGGUACCUUGACUUGAAACAUAAUAGAAAAUUGAAAAAAUUACCUGAAUCAGUGUGUGAGUUAUGUAAUUUACAAACCUUAAACCUCACAUGGUGUAAUAGUCUUAAAGAAUUGCCAUGCGGAAUUGGAAAACUAAUCAACUUGAGGCAUCUUGAGAAUGAGAAGACAGACUUGAGCUUGACGGCAAUGCCAAAAGGGAUUGGGAGAUUGACAUGCCUGCAGACAUUAAGGGUGUUCGUGGCAACGGAUGGUGGCAUUAAUGGCAAAGCAUCUACCCUUGGAGAUCUUAGAAACUUAAUGCAUCUUCAAGGACAUCUUAAGAUAAGUGGAUUGGGAGUUGUGUGUGAUGUGACUGAAGCUAAGAAAGCGGAGCUUCAAAGCAAGAAAGGCCUCCGUGGUUUGAUACUGGAUUUUACUGAUUCCAAAGGGUUGAUGUCAAACAGGUUGCCGAGAAGAGAUGAUGAAAGACUUCUUGAAGCUUUGCAACCACCUCUUUCCUUGGAAAAAUUAGAGAUAUGGGGCUACAGUAGCACCUCCAGUUUCCCCAACUGGAUGAUGGGCUUGACCAAGCUGAGGCAUGUUUCACUAGGUUUUUGCUUUCAUUUGAACUGUUUGCCUCCUUUGGGAAAAUUACCAUCCCUUGAAUCACUCUAUCUAGGGGAAAUGAGAAGAGUGGAAAAAGUGGGAGUUGAAUUUUUAGGAGUAGAAGGAGAAGGGAUAUUACCAUUUUCUUCAUCGUCAGAAUCUUCUUCAUCAUCUAUUAUUGCCUUUCCUAGUUUAAAACAUCUCGAAUUUCGUGAUAUGGAAGAGUGGGAUUGUUGGAUCUCAUUUACUAGCACAGGAGCAGAUCAUAUUAGUAUUAUGCCUCGCCUUUGUUCUCUAACAAUUGAUUCCUGCCCCAAGUUAAGGGCACUGCCAUGGUACAUUUUGCAGAAUACAAGCCUAGAGCAAUUGGAUAUAAGCCAGAGUCCUUUUCUUUCAGAACGUUGCAGAAAGGAGACGGGGGAGGAUUGGCUCAAUAUCUCUCACAUCCCUAGCAUCAUAAUUGAUGGUCUAUCCAUGCAAGUAAACUGCUCUUCUUUUGAAGAGUUUGGAGUAUUGCAAUUGCAACCACUACACAGCUCUUUGUUAAGUUCGAACGAUUUCCUCAAAGUGUUUGAACAAAAUUGAUGUUUUAUCAGAGGUAUCUUUUGUUUCAAGGCGCCUAUAUAAAAUUAUUGGAAUACAUGCAAUAGCAUCCAUUAACCAUUGGUGUUUAAGCUAGCGUUUGGAGUUCAUUUGACAUCUUGGUUUAUACCUACGAUUUCAAGUCACUUGAAGAGAGAUUUCCCCAGCAUAGAACUUUCCGGAGAUGCAUGGAACAUAGACUAGGUAAUCAAUUUUUUUUUUUUAAAUGUUAAUUAGUAAUACAAUGAUGCUUUUUAACAAUUUGCCAUUGAUGUUAUGAACAUAGGAAUUGGCUCUUAAGGCAAGUAAGAUGGGAUGACGUUGCCAAAGAAGUAAUGGGACUACAGCAUAUUGUGCUUCUUUGUUCUUCAAGAUUUUGCUUGAUACUAGUAGAUUGAGAAGUCACUUAGACGAUUACUAUGGACAGGAGUUAUCAGACACCAAUCCUCCAUUUUGGAAUUGGUUUUUCCUUAAUCUCAUCCAAUUGCAACUCUUUUAUUGUAUAUAUUUCCUUUAAUUACUAUGAAGGAGCAGAGUUAUAUGUUUCAAUUCUUUCUUGGAAUAGAUAUGGGAGGCACAAGGGAAGAGUGGGGAUUCCAAUGUUAGGUCAAACUGGAAUUUUGUAAUUAACACCACAUACAUUACAUUCUCAUGUAAUAUUUUUUUUUAUUUUAAUCAAUUUUUUUCAUGUUUAUCAAA